AGCUAUGGGUAUCCUAUAUUUACCAACAUGAAUGCGCUCAGAUCUGACCUGUUGUAUAAUUUUUGGGAGACAAAUUUCCACGAAAAAAAACCUGCAUGCGCGCGACCGACACGCCUAUACAACUCCACCUGAAGUUUUGUGAGCGUGCCUCAUCUCUAUGGAGACAAAGAGACGCAUCAGAGGGAAAAACACAGAAGUUGGGGAAUUAGCUAGCUGAAAAUGGAUUCGAUUAAAUAGAGUCUUUGUCCACAUAAUGUACAGCUGGGAAAGACGCGCAGCUGAGAACCUCACCAAUGCUGAACACAUUUGUGAGGUGAAGAAGAGGAGAGACCUUAAAUAUCAGGACCACCUACGCAGACGGGAACAGGAAAGGGCAGACGCAGAGGUGAGGAGGGAAGUACACAGAGUACGGACGCCUUCACCAACACCUCAGACAAAUAGGUUCAAAGCCCGCAGGUAUGAAAGACCAUGGGCACAGGGAGCGCCAGACACCAAGAAGUCCUCCAGCUCUGUGAAAUCCACCAGAUCAGAGAUGAGAAACUCACAGAACAAAGGCUCAGUGUCCCGCUUUCCUGCCAUCUCCAGCGGAACCCAGAGCAGUGUAACCCAAAGUAGAACAGCAGAACUGGCAACCACAUCAAAGACAUGGAGAAGAGCCAUUGCUCCACUGGCAUCCCACUGUAAGAAACAAUCUCCACCAUGUCACAAACACAGAUCUGUGGCUAUAAAAAACAGAGCCUGUAAGUUAUCCACAUGUGCAACUAAGUCAAACACUCUGAAACUAACACAAAGUCAAGACACACUGAGGGGGAAGAGAAAGAUGGGGGCACCAUCAUGUGACCGUGCAGAUAGUUCAAACAUCUCUACAAGACAUGAUCUGGUCAAGAGGCCAUUAGACAGCUGCUACCUCCCACAGCCCCUGAUUUGUUCUAGAAGGUCCUACACAGAUUGGCCCUGUCUCCCCUCACUGCAGUACCACCGCUCCCCCAGCCCAGACGACCCAGAGCCCCAUCCCUAUCUCCAGCUGAUCUCGGAACCCUUCCAGGGCUUCUCAGAGAGCAGUAGUAUCACAGAGGAGUACGUACGCAGUGAGGACACCUACAGGGCUGAGCUCUGCUCCAGGAGUUUAGCUGACACCAGUCCUUUGUCCGUACCGGAGUCCCUCCCCUCGCAAUGCCCCUCCAGCAGUGGCACCCUGGAAAGCAGCUCUCUCAGCCUCAGUGACUCCUUCACCGGCCCCCUUAGCAGCCACUUCCACACACUGGGUGUUCUGUCCUCCGAGUCUGAGUCGGACAGGGAAGACGACAACCAUUCAUGUCAGGAUGCUGAUAGAGAGAGCUACUACAUCCCUGUGAGGUGGGCUGCCUCUCAGUCUAGUUCACAUGACAUCCUCUGCCCGUCUCCCAGUGUCCGUACCGUCCAGAGUCCUAGGGGCAUGCAGUCCCAGCUGAGUAUGGAGUCAACAAGCACCCCUGAAGAAUCACCAAACAGUAGAGCUUCAUACACUGGAGGAGGAUAUAGUCCCAUGCCUUCACUGAUGCAAGUAGGUCGACUGUCGAUAUCACCGUUGUCGAUAACACCCUCUGUCACACAGAGAGCCAGCAGGGGGACUCUCACUACCCCGCAGCAGCUGUAUGAACACCUCCCUGAGCUGGAUCAUCUCAGCCCCCUUAGCCCCAGGAGAGCUAACCCCAUCUGGCUGGGCUCAGAGAGAUGGCCGGUGUUGGAGGCCUCACCACCCAGGACCAGCUACACCCUGAGGCACUCCCAGCUGGUCAGCAGGAUCCAGCAGGAGGAACCAGAGGAGGUCAGAGGAGAGGCCAGUAGUAGUGACAGUAGUACAGAGGACACUCCGUCCUCCAGCGAAGCCUCGCGCCAUGGGACCUCUGGGCUGAUGGAUCACCUGACCAUGGCCCUGAUGGCCCUCCGUGACAUCCGCAGGGAGGUGGCUCACAUUCAGAUGAGCAACGCACAGCAGGGUAGUGGUGCUAUGGCAGCUCAGGAGGCCCAAUCAGCACCGGCUACCAACCCAGAGACGUUACGCAAAAUCAAAGAACGUCUGUUGGAGGAGUCGUCUGAUGAGGAGGAAGGGGACCAGUGUCGUAUCUGUCAGUGUGGUGCUGGCUCCCCGACCAAUCCCCUGCUCACCCCCUGUCUCUGCUCCGGCAGCCUGCAGUACAUCCACCACGACUGCCUGAAGAGGUGGAUCCAGACUAAAAUACAGUCAGGGACCACACUGUCUGCGGUCAGAACCUGUGAGUUGUGUAAGGGGAGCCUAACACUGGAUCUGGACGACUUUGACAUGGAGGAGUUUUACCAAAGGCAUGGUCAGACACAGGUGGAGCAGACCAGUCCAGAGCUGUACAUGUUGCUGAUCCUUCAGCAGAGGUUCUCAGAGCUGCUGCAGGUGGCCCAGUCACGUAGCAAUGCCGUCUCUAGGAUGGCUACCAGACUGUACCUGAUUCAGAGAACAGCAGGGGCCAACAGUUUGGAGGCUUCCUCUUCUUCCACACACACUGAGGGUAGAGCCAGCAGAGGGAGCCAGAGAGGCAAUCACGCGCCAGGGACACCUGACCCACCCACCUGAUACAUUCUUUCUUCCUGUUUUUAAAUCCUGGGUGAAGUGACGUUAAUGAUGAAUUUAUUCUAACUUAUUUCAUGAAAUGAUUUUAACACACGAUGCAGUGCAUC